GUGCGCCGGGGAAGGCGGCACGCGGAGGAGCGGGAGCCUGCCAUGGCCAGCCCGCAGCUUCCCGCGGCGGCCUCCAGCCCGCCGCCCCCGCGGAACGGCCCUCCGCAGCCCCUGUGAGGAGGAAGAGGAGGCGGCGGCGGACGAGGCGCCGCCCCCUUGGCGAGCUUCCCGACCCGGCGGCCUCCGAAGGACCCAUGGCGGAUUCCUCGCCCGCGCCGUCCCUGCGGGCAGGCGGCCUCCGCGCGCCCCGGUCCUCAGCCCCCUCGCCGCCGCCGCCGUCGCCGCCGCGCUCGGGCUCCGAGGCAGAGGAGGCCGAGCUGUCGCUGAGCCUGGCUCGCACCAAGACCCGCUCGUACGGCAGCACGGCCAGCGUGCGGGCGCCGCUGGGCGCCGGCGUCAUCGAGCGCCAUGUGGAGCACCGGGUCCGCGCCGGCGACACGCUGCAGGGCAUUGCGCUCAAGUACGGAGUCUCGAUGGAGCAGAUUAAAAGGGCAAAUAAACUGUUUACCAAUGAUUGUAUAUUUCUGAAGAAAACUUUGAACAUCCCAGUUAUAUCAGAGAAGCCUUUGCUGUUUAAUGGACUUAACUCAGUGGAUUCUCCAGAAAACGAAACUGUCGAUAGCAGUUUUUGUCAUGAAGAAGAGCUGGUAGCGGCUGGGGAAGACCUCUCUCCUCCCAGUCCUCAAGAGUCGGAUGUUCAGCCCACGCAGCCUGAGGACGUGUCAGCCAGAGAUUUCCUGCAGAGGCUGGAUUUGCAGAUUAAGUUAUCAACACAGGCAGCCAAGAAACUAAAAGAAGAGAGCAGAGAUGAAGAAAGUCCCUAUGCAACUUCCCUUUAUCACAGCUAGAUGAUCAGGGGGCAUAAUCUAACCUGGGUUAAGAGAUGGUUGGAUCAUAAAGAAAUCAGCACCUGAAGAUUCAAAAGCAUCCCUUUUGGAUUCUCAUAGCAUACGUCUUUAAAUCACAAUUAAGUAGUUCCAUCUUUGGCAGUUGCACUGAAGUGAUUAGUGACCUCGGGCUUUCUGUAAUUUGAAGUCUUUAUUAUGGCAUGAUAGCAAAAUUGUGUCUUAAAGCUCAUCACUUUUGCAGGUGGUGGUAGUUUUUAGACUAGCUUUUGUAAAUACUAGUUGACAUAAAGCCUCAAAGACUAUUCACAUAUUCAUGCUAAAAACAAUGUUUAUCUCCCGAGAAAUCCUAAUUAUGUGAAAAACAUGAUUGCUGUUUAAGUGAUGCUGAUUUUGCUAUGUGUUUAUAACUUAAGUGCAAUAUAUAUAUAUAUUUCGAUAUGUGUUACAUAUUCUGUAUUACAAUAGAGAAACAAAUUUUGUCUGCUAUUUUGUAAAACUAAGCUAUGAAAGUCUGAAUGAGAAAAAUAAACUAUG